AUGGAGAUAUGCUCAGAGGAGGCCGUGAAGUACGUUUGGGAGGGGGCCAUCCCCCUCCAGAUUCACCUCCAUGAAUCUGAAGUCACCACACUUCCCCCUCCGGCCCCUGUUUUGGUAAUUUCUCGGCAAUGUGUUUCCUCUUCCCCGCCAGUUGGUGGGGCAGUGCUUGUGUGGCGCUGUUGUUGUUUGCUUCUGUCCCGUUCAUGUAGAUCGGCUGUACUUCUGAACCUCCUGUUUACACGUUUUGGUGGGUUGUGGUCAUGCGUGCCGUGAGGACGAUGUGAGUUGCUAGGGACUAAAAUUUGAUCGUGGAACUCAGUCAACGGAUGUGAAAUUCACUCAAGUCGGAUGGAACCACAAUCCUUGGGGCGCUAUUUUGUUGUAUCCCAGAUUGAUGUCAUAUUUUUUCCCCCGGUUUCGUGGCUACAAGCAGAGCAUGAACAUCAAUGAGUCUUGUAGCGUAAGGGAAACGUGGACUAAUAGAAACAGAUAACCAUCAAUACCGGUGAUUUGUGAUGCUUUCGGUCAAUUUUGAGCAUUUGAAUGUUCAAGGACACUUGUUAAGAUGUGGGUCUUGAAUGUUCGGAUUUGAGCACGUGUCAUCUUUGACUGUACAUGCUUUUGGUAGGAAAGAAUCACGGUGAUUAACCUAUUAUUUCCUCUGAUGACGGAUAUAAUACUUACCGAUAUCAAUUGUAUAUAUUUACUAGUAGCACGACAUAGUUAAGGAUUUCUGUUUCGAGAUUGUGUUCCUAGUCAUUGUUACUUCAUAAUUGAUAGAAAAGAGCAUCCCCCUAUAUCAGACGCUCAUGUUCCCUCUUCAUCCAUAGAAUACAUUACUCGUGCCUGAGUUUAAGCUUGUAUCCGCUGGAAAAACUGAUAUCGCGAUAUUUGCAAGUUUCUAGGAAUUACAAGUUGAGCAUGUUUACCUUUUUGUUUCAACGAAGUAAAUCAUGAUGCGCAACGUCCAAAUUCAAAUAAAUAAUCAAACAUUAUGCACAGUGUCUGCUUCUCUACCCUAAUUCUUGGUGAUCAACUUAAAAACAGUGGGCUUUGAUUUGAAUGAAUUUUAAGGAGUGCCAAUUCAACCACGGGUGCAAUUUUGGAAAAGGUAGUUUGCUAUUUGCAGCUUGCAUUCAUGUACCGGUGUAAUAACUUCUGGGAAUUUUAUGAUUUCUCUGCCAUUAAUUUUCUUUUAUCUAUUGUUCGUUUCAGGUAUUAGGGUAUCGUAUUGGGUACCUUCCCUUACUAAUCCCUCAGAUAAAGCCCCAUUUUGACAGCACAUUGCCCCCUGGAGUGGACACUGUGUGGUUUGAUUACAAAGGAGUGCCGCUCAAAUGGUAAGUGAUAAUACUGAUGGGUUCAUUUGUAUUUUAUUUUUCAGUAAUAGCCUGGUGCAAAGUUGAUGAAGAGAAUCACUCAAUUUAGUGUUAGACUGUAUACUAUCAAUGAAAACUUGACACUGCUGAAGGUCAAUGAGCACAUUUGGUUUGUUUGACUAUCAAAUCAUCCCGUGUGAAGUACAAUUGUAUGAAUACUGUUUUCUGGUGUCAAGAAAAUGUUGAUUGCAGAAAAGUGCCCUUCCCUUAAUAAGUAAAAUGCACAGGUCUAGUUGUCCAAUAGUCAACUUUGAUUAUAUAUUUCUCUAAAGACGUUAUACAGUACAUGACUUUAACUAUUAUCCGACACAGAUCAACUAAACUUCACAUUAGUGCAGAUAGUCGAGAUCAGACAUACCAACAGCCAUGCAUGUUGAAUGCACAGUGUGACCUUAAAAGCUUCUUGAAUUUGAUUUGUUAAAAUAUCUGUACUUAGAGGAGGAAGACGGCAUUGAAGCUUCCCAUCUCAUUUAUGUACAUAUGGUAGUUCAGUGACGUAGCAGGUUUAGUUUUAAGGCUAGGUGAUCUCAAAUAGUUUCAAGGUUCAUUUUUCUCAUUUAGCUUGUUACUGAUGUAACAAGCUAGUUCAAGUGGCCUGUUACUAGAGGAAAUGAAUUCAUGCUGAUCCUCACUGUCUGUCUUGCGACAUGGUAAGUUCAGAUGAGUGGUUUGGAGGAAGAAGAGGGAAUGCAUUGGCUGUAGAGACAGAAAAGUUAGGAAUGGAUGAUGUAAAUUUCUGAUUCUGUUUCCAUGUUUGACCAUCUCCAGGAAAAGUUUGGGCCCAAAAACAGAAUGGCUUUAUUGCUGAACGAGAGGAUAUUAUAAUUGGCAACAUUAAUUCAGCUUUAGAUUGCUAUUUCACUAUCAGUAUGGAUAUGCCAUUGUCACCCUUCGAAGUUUAUUACCAUCUAAAUUUAAAGUUAGUUUUUGGCGCGACAGGAAGCAUUCCUCGAUGACUUGUGAGUUGAUUGAAUUGUAGGAAAAAUGUUCCAACUUUUGGGAUCUCUGAUCCAACGCAUUGUUUGAUGAAGGAAUUUCUAAUACGCAUUUGUUGAGAUAUGUGAUGUCAAUAUCUAUUGUUCCGUAUUGAUGACAUAGAUUUUGGAUUAUGUUGACAAAGUGAAAUGCCUUCCAUUGUUAGCAUAUUUUGCAUGUGAUAAAAGACACUUGUGCAAAGUUCAUUUUUGUCUGUUAUGCUCUUUAUAUCAUAGUGCGUUAGAUUCGAGUCAUGGUAUUGUGAGAUUUCUCAGCAUGCUCUCAUUGGGAGGCUAAGACUUGAAAAACAGAUGUGGUACAAUCGUUUUUGUUAGCUCAUGACUUGGUUGAUUAUUUUCCUCUUAUUAUGUUUAAGGUAUUUUGUCUUAUCUUGAAACAUUCCUGCACUUUGCAAAAUAUUUCAGAUCGUUUUUUUUUAUGUGAGGCUUAAUUUCUUUUACAUAGAAGAAUAACUCCGAUGAAGUCUCGUCACUUUAAUCAGGUACAUACCAACAGGAGUUCUCUUUGAUCUUCUAUGUCCGGAGCCAGAAAGACCAUGGAACUUGACGGUAUGACUUGGUUUUCCGCUGAGAAGCUUCUGUUCGAUGUUUAUGAGUUCUUAAAAAUGCUGAAGCACCUUUUAUAGAUUUAAAAACUAUAAAACCACUCACAUGCUCCUUUAACGUAUAUCCUAAUCAUCUUAAGAUUAAAGAUGCAAUGUUUUGCAUUUUUUUCUUUGGUAGUCUUGUGUCUUUUUCGAUCUUUCUGCCAUUUUCUGUAGCCGUUUUCUCCUUAUAAUAAUAUUUUAAAGCUUUCUUUAGUUUCUCGUGUUGCUGCGUUCAGAUACCAAUAUUCUGUUAUGCACUGUAUGAGACCUUAAGCUUAACAAUGAGUUAUAUACAUACCCUACAGGUGCAUUUUAGGGGUUACCCUGGAGAACUCCUGACUCCAUGUGAUGGUGAAGAAGCUGUAAAGUGGAGCUUCAUCAAUUCCUUGAAAGAGGUUUGCAGACAAGAUAAUGACUCAGUAUUUCAUGUUAUUGAUUUAUUUUAUGUUGACUAUGCCUGGAAAUUUGUGCGACGGUUAAGCUCACUUCAAGAUAUUCAGGCAUGCCUACUAAUUUUAAAGAAAAUAUUUGAAACUACCGCAUAUUUGCCAUUGCUGUGCAGUUGGAAGGGAUUGCUGAAACGAGGAUGUCAAAGUCCUUUCUCCUGAUGUAGCUGAACGUGAAAAUAUUUUAAAUAAUAUAAGGGACCUCUACAGAUGUCAUGUCUCAAGUAGCCGAGGAAAUGUGCCCAUCUCAUUGCACUUAGUUAUUUUUUAACAGUUCGGAGUCAUCAUGGCAUUCAGCUAUUUUUCACCACUUCUUAGGUUUCAAACAAAGAUCCAAAUGUAUUGUUCUCUAUCGUCUUCUAUUUCAUUGCCAUUGCUGAAACCCCAGUAAUCUGAAUUCAUCUAGGCAUACAGUAAGCAGUUAUAUCUGCUCAAUUAGAUACAGCAUGUCAUAUCAUUGUAUUUAAAUUUGUUGUCAUGCCACUUAAAAACGAGUUAUCCAGGUUCUCGCCGGGAAUAUUCAUCUCUCGAAAGCUGUUCCCAGGUUUGCAUUAAUCAGUUUGGACAUACGAUUUAUAAUUAUGCAGGGAUGUUGGUGCAUCUGGAUCUAAUUGUCCGAUAAGGAUUGGAUGAAACAAAAAUACAAAGAAGGGAGGCUUUUGAAAUAAGCCUCAUUUGUUUUCAUCGUAGAUGUUAGAAUAUGUGCCAUGUCCUCUUUUAGCGUAGCAUCAAUGCGUUAUUUAGGUCAUUUAUGUAUAAAUAAGGAUGAUCUACUAAGUCAUUCCUGACUGCUCCCUGUUAAUCGUUUUUCAGAGUUCCUAUUCUCAACAGUUCAAGAUAUUAUUCUAGAUGGGUAAUUUUAAAUCAAGUUAUUUUUCGUGCUAAUCAGAGUCUGUUUUGUAACUAGGCAGCAUAUAUAAUAAAUGGAAACUGCAAGAGCAUCAUGAACAUGUCUCAAGCUGAUCAGUAUGAGCUAUGGCAGUCCGUGUUGAAUGGUAUUUUUUUUUUUUGUUACAUUUAUUUAUUUACCUUGCAGACAUCUACUCUCCUUUUUUUCGGCAUGGUAAUUAUACUGUUAUCAAAUAAUUUCACGCUUCACAGAUGCAUAUACAUGAGUGAUGUCAUUUGUUGCUCAACUUUACGCAAAAUUUGAACAAUUGCGUUUUCCCAUGUUCUAUUAUUUGGGUGUUUCAUCUUUUUAUGCCAGUUUAUUACUCAAAGCAACAUUGCCCAACUUGGAUGUAAAUGUGAACUUAGAACCCUUUAAGAAAGAGUCAGAUUAGGCCAUAUCAGUUCGAUUCUAUAAUUAUAAUGGUCUUCAAGCUUUUUUAGGGUGUCUUUUGCUUGAUUCUGCAGACAGUGGAACUGUGUCAGAUGAAAAGAUACUAGCUGAGGAAAAAGAGGAAACUUGCUACUGAACCAUCUGUGUUUUUAGUUUCGUCUCCUUCAUCCUUUAUUUUCUUCCUCUUCCUCUUCCACCACCUCCCACUGCUGCAUCGGCGACCUGGGAAAUUGGGGUCAAGGCCUCUGGAUUGCAAGAAUGAUAUUUCAUUUUUUAUCAAGGUUAUGGUUGAACACGGUUUAUAUUCUGGUCUCUUUAAUGAAGAUAUCCUGCAUUUAUUCAUUUUAACUAUAUUAUUCGCUUUCAGAAUUUUCCUUUUUAAAAUAUUUCCUAUUUUAUUCUUUUGGGGGACCUAUUAAAAAAUUAUUUUUGAUCCAAUCCGGAGGAGGAUAGAAAAGAAACCUAUGAUGCCACUCAUAAAAUUCCCUUUAACUCUUUCAUUAUUCAUUUUAGAGGUCUAACUAUUACAUUCACAAAUCUUGGCCUUUUUAAUGAUCUCUCUCUUCCAAUGCCUGUUAAAGAUGAUCCCUUAUUUCACUUAUGAUGAUCAGUACAAAACAAAUGGUCUCAGCAAUGAGCAUCUAGAGCCGCAGUAAAAGGGUUUUUCUUGCCAGAUUAGCCUUGGUUUGAAAAGUUGACCUUUCCUCUGAAAUGAGAUAAUGGUGGGACAAGUUUUUUCGGAUCAGAUGGCGAUCUUUCCUGCUCAUGGUUAGGUAGGCUACGACGAUUUCUUAUUUAGAAUCUGGAGCUAGCCGUGGGUAGCUAAGUUAUGUCACAUUCUACUCGAAGUCAUCUGGCUUAUAGCAUGCACUAUUCACUGAUAGUCCCCUGAACUUCACCUGUCUUGUCUAGUGUUUAACCAAGGUGUUUUUCUGAUCCACCUUUAUUCAGUUAAAAUGAUCGCUUGAGACGGGUUGAAAACUAACCCCACCUUGACAGCUGCAGGAGUUACCAUAAGAAGGGAAAAGGAAUAAAGAAAAGCAUGAUUUUUGGAUCCAGGAAAGCUUUAUCGGUUCUGCAUCCCCGUAUUCCAACUCCCCGUUGGAAUGUUCUUGGCACAAUAUCGUUUGAUCGCCGGACAAUAAUUUGGUCCGAUCAAUUUAGGGUUGUCAUAGGGGUCAGUCUCAUCGGGGUGUGACUGUUGUCCCUAACAUUGCCCGCAUAUGUAGAAAAAGAGGGAGCAGUGAAGGAUGCCACUUGACUUUGGCACAAGAGUGCUAUGGCAUUGCCCUCCAUCACUUUGCCGCCCAUGUGCUACCUAGAUAUAGGUGGCAAUAGGCAUUGUUUGACGAUGAUGAAGCAAUAUUGAAACGCCACCUGGCGUGACACAAUCUUUUGACUGUUGGUACUUCGCUUGUAUUUUUUCAGUUAACCUCAUUGAAUUUCUAUGACGAAGUAUUGCUGACUUGGAUUCUCUACCAGGUACCUUGGAAAACUACUCCAGAGUUGUGCCCAGGCUCAAGCUUGGUGUACUGAGGGAAGACUGUAAAAUGAGAAGUAUUUCGCGAUCUCAACAAGUUACUGGUGAAACUAAUGACUCCUUGCCAAAUCAAACUGGUAUUUUCCUUGCUCCAAAAGAGAUUUCUAAAUUCUAUAUCACAAAAAAUAUAUUUAUUUAUUUCCUCCAAUCAUUUAAUAGGAAAAAUAACCACAAAUAACAGUCUUUAGGAUUUGACUUGGUGAGUGGAGCAUUUUCUUUUUAUCCGUACGUUCCUUUCUCCAACAUCAUCUUCUGCCCUAAACAUGGAUCUGUGAAAUAUUUUCCCGCUCAAGCAUGAUGACUUAUAUUUUAAUGAGAUAAUGAUUACCUCAUAGAUGGAUCCCAUAAGCAACUUAUAUAUUUCUGUACAUUAUGAAGUUCAGGAAAACCAUCAUGUGUUGACCCAUUCCCAAUCUAUAAAUGGUUGGAUGGACAGGUGGUCCUAGUGUGCUGUUUCUUCAGAAACGAGAGACAACUGGCUCUCUGGGUUGGAUAUGAGUCACUUACCUCAACCUUUCUGACUGUGGGUAGAUCCAACUCAGUUGAGCCCCACAUCCACUGCUGUGCCUCCGCAGUUACCUGUCGCCCAUUGAACGAAAAUCAUCCCCAGUCCUUCUGGAUUGUUCUUUUCAUGCUGGUUCUGAGAGACAUUUCAGCAAGUUCUAACGUUAGUUUCCUAAAUAAAGUUGUGAUCAGGUAGAAUUCCUGUGCGGUUAUACAUCCGGAAUGUCGAAGAUAUUGACGAUCUGGAGGGCAUUGGUGCACUAGAUAGUUGGGAGAAGAUCUCAUACAUAAAUCGGCCAGUCGAGAAUCACGAUGAAGGUAUCGAAAACCACACUUUCAUAUCUAUUACAAUGCCUCAGUUAUGUUUUCAGAAGCGUCUCCCGUAGAUCGCCGAUGAUCAACCGUGGGUCUGAACAACAUUUCUUGUUCUUUUAAUCUCACAUGAUUCAUGAUGAUUUGCCCUUUCUCCCCCAUCGGAAUGCGUUUCCUUCUCUUCUUCCGAUCAGUCUGCAGCGAGAUUGUGCUUAAUUGGCUGAUUUAUCGACAUAUUUUCAGGUGGGCUGUUCACUUUACGAAGGGCGAUGGAAUCUCUCCUGCCAGAAUUGUUCGGGCCAUCAUCACCCUCACCGGGGGAAUCAAAGACGAAAGACGAAGCUGGUGGCGAGGACGGAGAUUCUGAGACGGCGGGUGGCGCGCAGGAUGCCGCUGCGGGAGAGCCACCGGAGGCAGCGCAGCAAGAAACUCAUACUGCGCAGAUGGCGAGGAUUAGGCUCAUCCGCGUUCAAGGAAUCGUACCCGGUUGGGACACCCCCUUCGCUUGGGUCGUGAACAACCUAAGCCACCCCGACUUCUUUCUCCACGUCUGCGUCCUCGUCUCAGCCUCGCAGGGCUCUCACUGA